AAUGGAAAAGCAAAGUGUGGGAAUGAACAGAAGAGAGGAAAGAAGAGAGUGGUGCAGGAUUGGAAACAAGAACAAGAAGAGAUUGAAAGAAGAACAACAAGAAGUGGGCUCGGAACAAGAAGUAGUGCAAGGAUCGGGACGCAGGUGUUCGAUCAGCUGGCCGGAGGUAAUUGUCACUGACACUGAAUGCUAGCCCACAGGCUUUUGCGACUGUUCUUGGUCACUGGAGUCUACUCCCAGUCGAGCCUUCGCACCAUCAUGGCUUGGAGAUCACACGGCCGAGACAAUGCUGACAUGGUGCGGCAUUUGAAAGCCAACCAGAUCAUUCGUUCUGCUGAGGUGGAGAGAGUCAUGCUGCGGGUGGACCGAGGGAAGUACUCCAAGAACAACCCAUACAUGGACUCCCCACAGGGAAUUGGUUUUGGGGUGACCAUCAGUGCACCACAUAUGCACGCCCAUGCCCUUGAGCUUCUGAGUAACCACCUGAAGAAGGGUAACCGUGCCAUGGAUGUUGGAUCAGGCAGUGGCUAUCUCACAGCUUGCAUGGGACACAUGGUGGGUGAGAACGGCCGAGCCGUGGGGAUUGACCACAUCCCUGAACUCAUCAAGAUGGCGCAGGACAACAUUGAGAAGGACAGCCCUGAACUAUUGUCCAGUAACACCGUUAAACUUGUUGUUGGUGACGGUCGCCAGGGGCACACUGACGAGGCGCCCUACAAUGCCAUCCACGUGGGAGCUGCUGCCCCCACCCUUCCCCAGGCCCUUGUGGAGCAGCUGGCACCAGGGGGACGUCUCAUCAUCCCCAUUGGGCCAGAGGGAGCCAAUCAAAACUUGGAACAGAUUGACAAGCUAGAGGAUGGCAGUGUGAAGCGUCAGGUCCUGAUGGGAGUUAUUUAUGUGCCACUCACGGACAAGGACUACCAGUGGCCAGGCAGGUGGAGGUACUGACUGCAUCAGGCACACAUCACACGGUGUGGCGGGAGAGUACACCGCACCGUUUGUCUCUCAUUCCACAGGCGGGAGCUGUGAGUCAUGCCACCAGCUGAAUCCUAAUUCCUCCCAGGUGCUGCUCUCUCCUAUAAUUGCCACCACCAACGCCUACUGCUCACCAUCGCCCACCACCACCACCACAGCACCUGCAUCCUACCACCAGUCAACAUGUGUUUGCCCCCAUCGCCACCCACCACUGCUGCUGCCACGCAUCCCUGUAUCUGUUGGAAUGCUUCAUCCUACUGUCCAUGUCUAUCCCUUCAUAUCCUAGCCAGAGAUUACUACUGUAGCAGCACAGAGGUUUGCGACCAAACUCUUCUGCUUGAACCUUAAAGAGUGAGCAAGAGACCUCAACUCCAUCACCUUUUUUCUGGCUGUUUGCUUGUGUGGGUGGCCUCAGCAUUUGGACAGAGUUCUUACAACUACUAACCAUUUAGACUGACAUGAUCAAUGAGCAUUGCACAACGGUGGAGUGAAAUCAUGAGAAGCUUUGCCAUUUGAGAGAAAAAUAUUUGCAACAGAAGGCUUUAUGCAACUGUUUUCAGUGUGGGAGUGAUAGAGUUGACUUUACACUAUGAUCACACCUCAAGCUUGCUCAAGGUUGCCUUUCGUACAUUUGGGGCCUACACUGUAUAUGUUUAUCAUGCUCCAGAGGAGACAGUGGUUGUCUUGAGUAUGGCUGAGAACAGCCACUGGUUGGUUUUACACUAGUAUACUUGUGUAAGUGAUGAGAUGUGUGGCCCCAAGAACAGAUAACUUUGCAUGAUGUAGGUAUGUCCAAAAUAAGGCAAAGUGAUAUUGCUUUUUUCCCCACAAUGGGAGUGAAACCAUGUUGAAGACUUGAAGAGAGAGUAUAUUUAUAUUUGUGGUGUUUGAAAUAUUAUGGAAUGGAAGGAUGUUUGAUUUGCUUUGCCCUGAAUGUUUUGCAAAGGACUGUUUCUUUUAAUUACGGUACUAUGAAAGUACAUUGAAGAUCUUCUAAAUGUUGUUAUUCUCAAGCUAGUAGCACCUAUUUUUAACUUACCCAAAGUUUAUAAUUUUCACUAAAGCAUUGAAAAUUACAGCAAAAAAAUUAAGUGUAAACCCAUAGUUGAUGAUGCUUAAUAAAACUCUCUAUUAAUGAUGUUAUUCACUACAUAAUCAUCAUCUUAUAAGUGAUGAAGAACCAGAGAAAUUUAAAAAGCUGUGUCCAAACUGUAGCCUUUGAAUAUACCAAUAUAUUAGCCAGGAUAAUUCAUAAAGUCCUACUCAGACCUUUUCAGACAGCUGUAAAAUAUCUUGUACUUAGUAAAAUGUAGUUGCCAGCUAUGUAUUUCAAAUGUAUAAUGUAAAAACUAGGCUGUGGAGAGGCUCCAAUGAAAAGCUUAUAUCUUGACCAAGAAGGAGUAAGCAUGAGAAGUAUAACCAUCUUUACAGUGUCUUAUGUUUCCUGGUUACAGAAAUUUGCAAUUGAAAAGCAUCUGCAGUUGUGUUUUGUAACUUAUGUAAACACUUAAUUCAACAAAAUGAUGGACUUAAAGCUGUCAUUUAAAUAUUCCUUCAAACAACUAACUGGUAAAGCAUGAACGUUAGUAAUGAAAAUUGUCUUCAAAAGUUUGGAACAAGAUGAAAAUUGUUUUUAUCCUUUACAAGACCAUGGAAUGAUAAUAGCUGAGAAUGCAAAAGGUGAUCUUUGCUAACACAGCUGCUAUUUCUAAUUAACUAAAAAAUCAUGGCAGUGUUUGACCACCAGCUGAGCUAACUAUAACAAAUGUUGAAAUUAAUAAUAUGGACAUUACUUUUGUGUGUGUGUGAUGGGAGAAGAAGAAAUUCAGGAAAUCAUGAGACUAACUAUUGUAAAAGUAUUGGUCAUUCAGUAUAAACCAGUGUUUAAAUAGUAUGGCUGUGAUAGUAACAUGGAGAUAUAGUAUACACUAUAUUUGUUCAUAUAUAGCUUUUUCAUAUGUAAAGACUAACAUCUAGGGAGGGCUGAUUUGAUUUAAGUUAUUCUGUACACCCUCAAGAAGCUGCUUGCAUUUCCUGUCUGGACCUAGGAAGUGAAUGAUGUGUAAAUAGAGUACAUACAUACAUAGCAGUAUGCCUGUAGCCUAUCUAGCUCUUAGGUAGUGGAACUCAUUUUCUGUUCACCAAGGAACACUGUGUUCUCAAAAGUUGCAUGGCUGUAAGGCAUAUUUUUUCAAUUCUUUAUGUGGUCUGCUCUUCUGCAUGUUCUGUUGAUUUAGAAAUGUUGUCACACAACGCAAGACCCAUGAAGCUGACUGUAGUUUCAUGAGCUGUUGAGACAUGCUGCUUAAGGCUGAGGCUUACAGAUUACUAGGUUACCAUUUACUAUUGAUAGAAAACAACACAUAGAAGAGUGACAAGGAUGCAUCUUACUUUACAGCAUAUAAAAUUUGUCUCAUUUGAAGGAAAGAUUAUGAAUGUACAAUAUAAUGGUCAAUUAAGCAUAAUACAACUUAUGAUUAGA